UUGGGGCAAAACCUUCGCUUAUUUCAGGAGAUCAUAGAGUCAUAAUGUGAAGUCGUCAAUGUGGCAAUAAAUUAUCUCUCACUUGACGCACAACCAACGCGUUUUCCAUUCAAAAAACUCCAACAACCGCUAAUUGCGCUAAUAAAUUUCCAGUUCCAGAUUGACCAACUCAUUCAUGAGUUCAUUGAUCCACCCAUCAAAUUGCAACCCCUCCAACACCACCGCAAUUAAAAAUUCUCAAACCUGAUAGACGACGCGCUACCGCAUUACGUAAACCCAUCUACCCAGCGCACUCACUACCCUCUCCCAUGACUCCCAACUCCGCCAACCCAUUGGUCGACUAUACCAUGGCUUUUUCAUCUUUUCCCAACAAUAAUACAGAUCAACAUUCUUCUACGCAAGAAGCACAAUACUGCCAUCUCUCUCUACUUACCUGUUGAUCACAAGGUCACUAAUCUACCUGUGACACUUCGGCUGUCUUCGACUCCCAUCGCUCCUGGUUCGUGAAGCGCGACGUUCAAUUGUCAUUCGGUUACGAGUCGUCGAGAAGUGGUGUUGUUGUUGCUUCUGCGUUGUGUGCAACAGGUUGUCGUACUUAUUUUGUUGUUUUUCCCAUGACACUCGGAUGAUGACUUAAGUGUGUCGUGAUGCUGUGAUGAAUUUUUUGACUUGGGUUCUGUGAUUCGAAAAAUGGAUAUUUUGCUCCUGGGGAUUAUCCUGGCGGUGGCCGCCUUCGGAGGGUGCAACACGGACAUGGGAGUUAGAGGUAAGCUGACCGUGCUUUUAUCACCACAAUCAAGACGUCCUCGGAUGACGUACAGCCCAAGAUAGGGUGACGCUCAUUAAAAAAAUUUUCAUAAAAAUACCUUUCAACAAGGGAUCACAUGACACGAGGGUUCUUUUAUUUCGUUAAUUUAUGGUUUUAAUUGGUACUGGUGCACGUAUGGCAUUCCUUUCUUUAUUAUCAGUUAAGAGAAUAUGCGGCGGGGUAUUUGGGAAGAUGUUUAUAGCCGGUUUCUUCGAAACAUGGAAGAAGAAGAAGAAGCAGGAACACACGAACAAUUACGAGUCACGGCAUGGAAGAGAGAGUCAGUUUGUUGUUUGGCGCGAGCUGGUGAGGAGCUUGCACCAUGUGAGGGACGAGCCCGUCGACGGCCAUCAUGGGGAUCCGCCACCUCCUGGUGUUGUUCGUUGUGGUGUUGUUGGUUUUGGUGUUGUGCGAUUGCAGGCACGACAGGAAUAGACGCAGAGGCGGCACCAAGGACAACGCACUGGGUCGCCAUCACCAAGACAAUGAGUUUCGCAAUAAGGGAAAGAUUUGCAUUGGGACAAACGGCCGCAUGUCUGUCCCCUCGAACCGCGAGCACCACUACCGCAACCUGAAAGACCGCUACACCAACUGCACUUAUGUCGACGGCAACCUGGAGUUAACCUGGCUUCAAGACGAGAACCUCGAUUUGAGUUUUCUCCAGUACAUCCGCGAAGUGACCGGCUACGUCCUCAUCUCGCACGUUGACAUCAAACGGAUUGUCCUCCCCCGCCUCCAGAUCAUCCGCGGUCGCACCCUCUUCAAGAUGAACGUCCGCAACGAGGAAUUCGCCCUUUUGGUCAUCCUCUCCAAGAUGUUCACGUUGGAACUCCCAGCUUUGCGCGACGUCCUCAUUGGCAAUGUCGGUGUUUUCAACAACUACAACCUCUGCCACUUUAAGACCAUCAACUGGAAGGAAAUCAUCACCGACCCCAAGAGCAAAUACGUCUUUGUCUACAAUUUCACGUCGCCGGAACGCGAGUGUCCCGCUUGCCACAAGAAUUGCGUGAAGGGGUGUUGGGGGGAGGGCGAGGAGAACUGUCAGAAAUUCUCCAAGGAGAAUUGUAGUCCCCAGUGUUAUCAAGGUCGGUGUUUCGGGCCAAACCCGAGGGAGUGUUGUCAUUUGUUUUGUGCGGGGGGGUGUACAGGACCGAAACAGAGUGAUUGUAUAGCUUGUCGGAACUUUUACGAUGAUGGGGUUUGCACGCAGGAGUGCCCCCCUAUGAAGAUUUACAGUCCGAUUACGUACUCCUGGCAGGAUAAUCCUAACGGGAAGUAUGCAUAUGGGGCCACGUGUGUGAAAAAUUGCCCCGAACAUUUGCUCAAAGACAACGGGGCUUGCGUCCGGUCGUGCCCCCCGGAUAAAAAGGCACAUGAAGGGGCAUGUGUCCCUUGUAACGGGCCUUGCCCUAAAACAUGUCGGGUUGAUACGUUAAUCCACUCUGGGAAUAUUGAUAGUUUCAAGGGUUGUACUGUGAUAGAAGGGAACAUCUUGAUUUUGCAAAACACCUUCGAAGGGUACCAACACUUUUACCCCAAUUACACUUUCGGCGCGAGGUAUCCAAGGAUGCACCCCGACCGUUUAGAAGUCUUUAGUACCCUUAAAGAGGUCACUGGGUAUAUUAACGUCCAAGCGUACCAUUCUGAUUUUACCAACUUGUCGUACUUUCGGAAUUUGGAAGUGAUCGGUGGUCGCUCCCUCUCUGACUAUUUUACCUCACUUUACAUUGUCAAAUCAUCACUAAAAUCUCUAGAAUUGAGAUCUUUGAAACGGCUAAAUGCCGGGACUGUCGCCAUCUUGGAGAAUACUCAUCUGUGUUUUGCGGACAAAAUCAAUUGGGAUAAAAUCAGGAGAAGUCACGAGCAUGUUGUCAUGAUUUCUAACAAUGGUGAUCCUCAGCUGUGCAAAGGGAACAAUUUUGUGUGUGAUAAGGAAUGUAGUAGUGAUGGUUGUUGGGGCGCAGGACCUGACCAGUGCCUUUCCUGUGCCCACUUCCAGCUCGAAAAUGAGAGUCGGUGCAUUGCCAACUGCUCCGUCCUCCCUGGGAUUUACCAAGACGGUCCCAACAUCUGCAAACGUUGUCACGAGGAAUGCGGGUCUUCAUGUACGGGCCCAGGGGCCGACAAAUGCGUCACUUGUAAGAAAUUCCAAGAUGGCCCCUACUGCGUUCCCUCAUGUCCCACCAACAAGUACCAUGAAAACGGGCAGUGUAAGAGUUGCCACCCUAACUGUGUCCGGGGAUGCACCGGACCGGCCAACACAGUCGGCUUCGGUGGAUGCAACUCGUGCGACCGAGCAAUUAUGAACGACAACAACUCAUUGGUGUAUUGUUUGGGUACCCAUGAGCCUUGUCCCGAUGGAUACUUCAAUGAGUAUUUGGGGCCGCAGGAGAAGGAGUCGCUCAAGUCGUUGGCGGGGUCGGCGCUGUGUCGGAAGUGCCACCCAAGAUGUAAGCUUUGUUCCGGCUUCGGCUUCCACGAGCUAGUCUGCCAGAAAUGCACUCACUAUAAAAAAGGCGAGCAAUGUGAGGACGAAUGCCCCUACAACGACUACGCCGACGAUGAAGUCCAAGAGUGCAAACCUUGCGACUCAGAAUGUCGCGGGUGCACCGGCCCCGGCCCUGAAAACUGCAAAUCCUGCGAAAAUUACAAGGUUUUCGACGACGGCUACGUCUCAGAAAACUCCUCGUUUCGCUGCAUGUCCUCCUGCCCACCCGAAUUCCCCCACAGGGUCUUCCCCGACAAUUCCAACGCCUACUGUUCAGACAAACCCCUCAACUUGCCCAUUUCGGGCUUUGUCGAGAAUAACUACACCGUGGUCAUCGCGACUGCAAUCACAGGUGCCAUCAUAAUCAUCAUUAUUAUAGUCCUGGUCACGUGGUUCUGUCGCAAGAAGGUUAAAGCGGAGGAGAGUACGCUUAAAAUGACCAUGGCGUUGACGGGGCUCGAGGACAAUGAGCCCUUGAGACAGACUAACGUCUCCCCCAAUUGUAAAAAACUGCGAACCAUCAAAGAAACAGAAAUUCGGAGGGGGGAUAUUUUGGGGUAUGGGGCAUUCGGGACGGUUUACAAAGGAGUAUGGAUUUUGGAAGACGAAAACAAUUCGAAAAUUCCAGUCGCUAUUAAGGUCCUUCGAGAUGGUUCAACUAGCAGUAAGGAAUUUUUGAGUGAAGCUUUCAUUAUGGCCAGUGUUGAACACCCUAAUUUGCUCCAAUUACUCGGCGUGUGUAUGACUUCCGAAAUCAUGCUAAUCACCCAGUUGAUGCCUUUGGGUUGUUUACUCGAUUUUGUGAGGAAAAACCGGGACCGAAUCGGGGCUAAGGCCCUUCUCAAUUGGUCCACUCAAAUCGCCAAAGGUAUGGCCUACUUGGAGGAAAAACGCCUGGUUCAUCGCGACCUCGCCGCCAGGAACGUCCUAGUCCAAACCCAUUCUUGCGUAAAAAUCACCGAUUUUGGCCUCGCCAAACUCCUCGAUGUCGACGAAGACGAGUACAAAGCCGCUGGGGGCAAAAUGCCCAUCAAAUGGUUGGCAUUGGAGUGCAUCCAACACCGGAUAUUCACCCACAAAUCGGACGUUUGGGCCUUCGGAGUGACCAUUUGGGAGUUACUAACAUUCGGCGGAAGGCCUUAUGAUAACGUCCCAGCGAGGGACGUCCCCGAGUUGCUCGAAAAAGGGGAGAGGUUGCCACAACCCGAGGGUUGCAGUAUUGAUGUUUACAUGAUUUUGGUCAAAUGUUGGAUUCUGGAUGCCGAAAGUAGGCCUAGUUUUAAGGAGUUGGCGGAGGAUUUUGGCAAAAUGGCGCGAGAUCCCUGCCGCUAUUUGGCCAUUUCGGCCGAUAGGUUCAGGAAUAGGAAUAACAACGCACAGGACGACCGCGAUUUGGUGCGGAAUCUAGCAACAACGCUCGAAACCUCCGCUAGCCAAUCCGAAUGCGACGAGUACCUGCAACCCAAGUCACGUGCGCCUUUGCGUCCUAUUGGUUGGUCGUCCGUAUCCCCUUCCCCCACCCCCGACAAAUACUGGAAGUCCGCGUCGCAGACCAAUUCGGACGGAAGUUGCAACCCUCAAUACCAGAACCACUUGAACCGGAAGUUGCUCAAAUACCCCCCAAGCACCCCCAACGUCCCCAUCGACACUUUGAAGAUGCGGGACGACAUGUCGUCCGACGAGUACGACUCUGGGCCCUCGAAAGCCCAGUUAGGUAGUCUCAAAUUGGACUUACCGGUCGACGAGGAUGACUAUCUAAUGCCGUCGCCGCAGCAGACGCAAGGAGCUUCGGCUUACGUCGAUUUGAUCGACUCGAAAAACAGUGACAAUUCGAAUCAAAGUGUGUUCAGAUCUUUGGACUUUUACAAGAGUAAUAUUGACAAUCCUGAGUAUCUUAUGAACAAUGAUGGGGCUCCCAGUCAGACGGUGGGUUUGCCUCCUGUUGCGGAAAAUCCGAAUUUUCCUGGUUUGCAACCGCAGAGAAGUUCGGAGGAGGAGUCCGAUCACGAGUACUACAACGACUUUGAUAGACUGCAGAGGGAGUUGCAGCCGUUGCAGAGGAACAAAGACGGGGCUAUAGUAUGAACGAAGCAUGUACAAAAACGGCCUUUUGUACUUUUGAGGGAAAAGGCUGUGUUUCAUUGACGAUAGAUACUUAAUUUCGUAGAUUUUAAGGGUAGAUUAGUGUCAAAAUUGUGACAUAAAUAACGUGCCAUCAGGGCAUGGUUUUUGUAAAUAAUAAACAAAAAUACGAUUUUUAUUAUCAAAUGUAUAUACCUAAAACGUAUUUUUUUAGUUGUUUUUAAGAUUUAUUAACAAGUUGGGCGAGUUGCGGAAGCGCCAAUCCUAUACGUUCUUGCCCAGACGCGACUGUGAUAAAAACGAUCUUAAUGGAAAAAAUCUCAUCCACUUAACAUCUUCAGGCCUCAUCUAAACCCAGUUUAUUGUUUUCAUUUUUGUUUUAUUGUUUGUUUAUAAGGUAUCAAAAAUUCCUCUAAUGGAAUUAGAAAAGCUUGAAAUGUUCGGCCUCAUGCAAAUCUCAAUUGUACAUAAUUUUAUUUAUGUAGAAAUAGAUUAUUUUUGUUAAUAUUUGCACUAAACUUGUGCCAUUCAUAUCGACAUGUGCCUAUGUUAUUUUUCCAUGUUACUACGUUUAUACAAAAUUUUAAUAAAUGCAUAUAUUUCAUAAAACGAGCUUUCAAUGUAUCCC